CUCCGAUUCACUCCAAGCAGCAACCCAAUCUCUGCUUCGUCUAUUGAUGGCCUCAUCCGUCUUGGUUUGAGCGACGCCAGAGACUCCCGAGCCGCUGUUUCUCUGCGCAAAGCCACCGCUUGGGAUGCUUCACCCGCGCCGUCUCUAGUCCGUCUUUCAUGGUAUUUCUACUCGUUUCUUUCUUAUCCGCGACCACAACGAAACCUUAAGUACUUUAUCGAACCCCCCGCCAAAUCCUAGCUAUCGUGCGCCUGUACUGUAGCUCGGCCCAGCACCCCGCGAAACCGCCCUGCCGAACGCUCUCACGGCCAUUCCGCCCCUCGUCUCGAAACACAAAACCGCCGCUCUGCUCAUUCUCGCGGACGGUGGCUUUUGCGGCUUUGGCUUGCCAUGGUAAUGAAUGAUUCUGGCCACCGGGUGUCGCGCGCCUCCAACAUGUCCAACUCGGCCGCAGCCGCCAGCGUUGGCAGCAACUCUGCAAACGCAGACGACUCUGCAUCUACCAUUACUGUCAAUACCACGCCCAAGGCUCCUCCAAACUUUCCUCCGCCAAAGACCGACAAGCCUCGCCCGCACGUCUGCGCGACUUGCCAGCGCUCCUUCGCCCGCCUGGAGCAUCUGAAGCGCCAUGAGCGCUCGCACACAAAGGAAAAGCCGUUUGAGUGCCCGGAGUGCUCGCGAUGCUUUGCCCGCCGCGACCUGCUGCUUCGUCACCAGCAGAAGCUGCAUCAGACGUCGACGCCCUCCGCUCGCCCGCGAAACCGCCGAGAGUCGACCAGCGGCGUGCCCCCAGGCCAGAGUCGGGCUCGCAAAAACAGCGUCGUGGGCGCCAGCCAUGCGGCGACGGCCCCCAACCCGGGUGCCGCCAACACGAUGCGUCCGCGGGCAAACACCAUCAGCCACGUCGAUGGAGCUGCCAUGCAGAUGAUUGCCACGGCCAAUGCCAACGUCGCUAGAGGCAUGCACGCAGGGCACAGCCGUCACCCCAGUCUUGCUGGCCUGCCCAUCCACAACUUCGACCCCGUGUUUGGUGGCAUGUCCAUGACCAUGGGCCAGAGGGCGACGCUCGCGCACGGCCUCCCCAAGCUGGAGACGGGCCAGAUCGGCGGUACCGAUCUGGAAAAUGCCCUGCGUACAGCACCUCCCCUCGCUGCCUUCAACCCCGAAUUUGAUUUUGAGAGCUACUUGUUCGCGCCGGGCACAACCAUCAACCCCAACGCGCUUCACUAUAAUGAUUCCCCGCCCUCGAUGGUAAUGGAGCAGGCCUCCCCGUUUGCGCAAGCCCUCAACGACAUCCCGUCGAAUCCGGCCUUUGACGACUCUUUUGACUGGCUCAGUGGGUUUGAGCACCAAAUGUCAUUUCAGACAAACGAAAAUGUGGUGGACGAGUCGAGCCCGUCUGCUCUUAGCACGACGAGCCAGAGUGGCAUCAGCGAUGUCAUGUUGGAUGGAUCAAAUCACCCUGCGCCGGCUGGCACGAGUACCAUGUGGCAACCCUCCGUGAUGGGCCCCCCGCAGAUGCCGAACCCGUUUGCUUUGGAUCUGAAUGGUUCAGUCUUUCCGGAUCUCCUCAAUGGAGCUCCUUUAUCACCUCAGCCAGCUACUCAAAAGAUCAAUGACCCAUACUUCUCCACGCCCCCACCAUCGCUGAGCUCGUUGAGCCCUUCCGUCGUAUCUGGACUGAACACGCAGAGCAUUAACCAGACCCUUGGCUUCAACGCCGGCCCGGAAACCCCAUCAUCCCUCAACGGCGUUAACCAUGGCGCUUCGCCCGUAACCACAAUCACAGAUGCCACCAGGACUGCCAUCGUGACCAUUCUCUCCCAGUGCCUGCCCUUUGGAGGCCGUAAAUAUCCCUUUACCUCGCCGCAGUCGCCGCAGUUCCAAUCGCCCUCCCCGGCUCAGGCCGCCAACGUGCCCAGUACCCAGAAUCUACAGCGUUAUGUCUCAGCUUACAUCUCAUAUUUCCAUCCCCAUUUCCCCUUCUUGCACCUGCCCACCCUGUCCUUUGACAUGUCCACGUCCCCGAGCGGUCGCCAGAAUGGUGUAGGCGGUAGUGGGUGUCUGGUGCUCGCCAUGGCGGCCAUUGGCGCCCUAUAUGAAAUGGAGCAAGCCCAGUCCAAGGACCUGUUCACCAUGGCUAAGAAGAUGAUCUUUUUCUACCUCGAGGAACGACGCAAGGCCGACCCGUCGUCAUCGUCACAAGGUAGGGAUAGCUCAGCCCACACGCCCGUCUGGCUCGUCCAGGCGAUGCUGCUCAACGUCGUCUACGGCCACAACUGCGGCGACAAGACCAUCAGCGACAUCGCCUCAACUCACUGCGCAGCGCUCGUCAGCUUGGCCCAGGCAGCCGAUCUGCUACGGCCCGAGCAGGAGGAUGGACAGGAUACUCGCAUGUUUGAUGACUCAAUGUGGAAUAGGAAAAGUGAACUCGAACAACGACAGGAGUGGCUCCAGUGGAAGCGAAAGGAAGAGCGCAAGCGCACGCUGUACGCCGUCUUCAUCAUGUCCAGCCUCUUAGUUGCCGCUUACAACCACACCCCGGCUCUGACCAACUCUGAAAUCUUGCUGGAUCUCCCCUGUGACGAGGAAUUCUUCGCCGCCGAAUCGGCCACCCACUUCUUCGCCAAGGGCGGUCCCGACGCAGCCAACCACAACCGGCUCAAGUUCUGCGACGCCCUCGGAGAGCUCCUGCGCACAAAUGAGCGACAGCAGAAGCACAUGGCGAUGAAUGGCGGCCAGCACUCCCCGGCUGAGCUACCUUCUACGAAUCUCAGGCCCAGCACUUUCGGCUGCUUAGUUCUCAUCAAUGCCCUGCACAACUACAUCUGGGAAACACGACAAAGACACCAUAACAAAGUCUGGACCAACGAGGAGACGGAAAAGAUGCACCGACAUAUCGAGCCAGCCUUGAAGGCAUGGCAAGUGGCCUGGGCCAGCAAUCCGAAACACACCGUAGAGCGUCCAAAUCCGUACGGCAUGGGCCCGCUUUCUGCCGACGCCAUUCCUUUGCUUGACUUGGCAUACGUGCGGCUGUUUGUCAAUCUAUCUAGGUCCAAGGAAAAGUUUUGGCAGCGAGACUGGGACGGCAUGGCCGAGGAACUGGCUCGAGGAACGGAGAUUGUCCAGCAUGCCGAGCACUCCCCCGGAUCCAACGCAGAGCCGAUGGGCAACGAUAACUUUGAUAGCUCUCUCUUUACUGGUUCGCCAUCAGCUUCAGUAGCGGGCUCAGAUCCCUCGGGCAAAUUCUCCAACGGCUCUCAGUUCGCCACUCGUUCCAUUUCCCGCCGAGAGCGACAUCUACGGAAAGCCGCGUUUUAUGCGGCCGAUUCUUUGGCCAUGUCGGACAAGCUUGGGGUAACCUUUGCUGACUUUACUAGUCGUGAGCUCCCCCUACAGUCAGCCAUGUGCGCAUUUGACUGCGCGCAGGUCCUUGCCGAGUGGGUCGCCACCUUGCAAGAUAGAGUUGGUCCAUACUUAGGUAUUUUGGGCCAGAAGCACAUUGAACCUUCGCAAAUGCCCGCUAUCAUGCUGUUGGAAGAAGACGACAUCAAGCUGCUGGAUAGGAUACAAGAAGUCCUGUCUUCGGCGGAGAUGAAGAUUAGCCUGGACCUCAUGGCCAGCUUGACUGCCACUGAUGCCGGAACCCCAGAUGAUGGACAGGCUGGCUAUGCAACCAAGAUUCUUCGAGUUACGUCCCAAAUGCUGGACAAAGCAGCCGUUUGGCCAGUUACGCAUCUCAUGGCCCGUUGCCUCGAUAGUCACGCCACUCGGAUGCGGGCCAGGACAGAAAAAUCCACCACCUUGACCUCGGAUUAA